CAGCAACAGCCCAGGAGCGCGCAAAACUCGGAGAUAAUGGACUGAGAGAGAGAAAAGAGGAGUGGAGUUCCUUCUCUCCGCGCCGCUUCCUGCAUGGAAUUCCCACUGCUUCUGCUCAGACAGAAACAAGACUACUAAGAGACUUAGACUGAGCUACUUUAGUUUUUUUAUAUAUAUAUAUAUAUAUAUAUACUUUGUAUGUGAGUCUGUGUGGAGGAAAAGAAGGAGGAGAAGAAGGAGAAGAAGAAAGCCCAGAUGCAGAGAUGUUCUCCAAGGGUACAGUCUCAGCCCGUGACUCUUUUGUCUUUAUCCCUUCAGAGGCUGCUCAAGCGAACCAUGCCGCUGCUCCUGACACCACCAGCCCUGAGAUAAUGCAAUGCCUAACGGUGACCAUCCUUCGAGGAAAGGACGGCUAUGGGUUCACCAUCUGCUCCGACUCACCCGUACGUGUUCAAGGUGUCGAUCCAGGUGGUCCUGCAGAUGUGGCUGGUCUUAAACAGCUGGAUACUGUGCUGCAGUUGAAUGGUCAGUCUGUGGAGCAGUGGAAGUGUGCGGACCUUGCCCAUGCCAUAAGAAGUAGCGCUCGGGAGAUCACAGUGGUGGUGUGGCGUUCGGGACCCUCUGUGAAGUCCAGCUAUGAGGGUCUGAUCCAUCAGUCUUACAAGAGCUCCAACUAUGAGUCUCCGGUCUCUCCUCCCAGAACGAAGCGUGCAGAGAAAACGCCGCCAGUCCCCCCACUGCCUGCUCACCUCCGUCACCGGAUACUGCAGAACGGCUCUGAGGGGGCGAGGGGUGGCGGCGGCACAGGGACGUCGUGGGGGGACAGGAAAGAUGAAACCAACAUCGGCGGCAUGACACACACUCCGACUCUCAGAGGGACACGAGUCAAAGCGUCAAACGGAGACAAUUACAUCAUUCUUUCCCCCGUUAACCCAGGAGGCCAGAUCCUGACACAAGUAUACGGAGACAAUCCUAGCACACUGGCCGGAUGGAUGUACUCACCUACAAACCCCAGCGCCCCCCAGCCACAUGCCACACCCAGCCUGGCGAGCAGAACCAACUUCCUGCGCCGUUCAAGCAACAAAUCCAAGUCCAAUGUCACAAACUUCCAGUCCAGCUCCAACUUCGCCAACUACCAGAAUUGCACCAUCGUCAGAUCUCACACCAACUACGGAGCCUACGUCAAAGUGACACCCAAAGUUCUCAUCUUCCCCAUCUUCGUGCAGCCGUUGGACCUGUGCAGCCCGACCAGAACCCUCCUGAUCACCGAGGAGAUGAUCCUGCAUGAGAGCAAAUAUCUUUCCAUCAAGGUGACUAUUUUCAUCUACACAGAUCUGAUGUUAGUAACGAGGGAGGAUGAACCUGGUCGCUGUAACGUCCUGCAAAAUCCCCUUUUCCUGAAACAGCUCCGGUUAAAGGAGGAUCACAGUGACGAGCUUCGCUUCUACCUCAUCCACAUGACUGAGAAGUGUGAUUGUCUCCUGAGCUUGGAGGCGUAUUCGUUGGAACAGAAGAAGAGAGUGUGUCAGUGUCUGAGUGAUAACAUUCAAAAGCAGCUUCAGCUGGAAUGCAGAGAGACACUCAGCCACACAGAGCAGAUGCUGGAGCCUAAACUGGAUGAACAGUGUGAUCUGGGUGCUCAGUGGCGCCCCUCUGAGGACGAGCCCUUACUAGGAAGCCCGUCUGAAGCCCCAGUCACUACAGGCACUUCGGCUAGCUCUCCCCUGGAAGAGACUCGACACCUUGUACCUCCUACACCUCCACCAUCCACCGAGGGCAGCCUGAGUGACAUCUGGAGAGUGGAAGGAGGAGAGGAGGAAGAGGAGGAGAAAAAGAGCCCUAACGAAGAAGAAGACGAAGAAGAUGGCUCUCAUAGUGCUGAAGCAGAGGGUGAGGAGAAAUAUGAAAAAGACGAGGAUUACAUCAACCCUCCGGCCUCCUCCUCUUCCUCAUCCUUCAUCAUACCUGAGUUGCGUCUGGACCGAUCUUUCAGCACAGACGCCCUGUCCUCGACCGCCACUGACGAAGAUGAUGAGGACGAGGAUGAAGAUGAAGACGAGGACGAAGAUGACGAAGAUAGUGAUGAUAACUACCUGGAGCCCACUAAAAGGAGGAGCAUGGUGGAGGCGAGCUCGUGUGAGAAGCACGGGGGCUCUGGAGGUCUAAGUGUACAGAACUCGCUGCGGAGGCGUACCCACAGUGAGGGGAGCCUCCUGCAAGACCCACGGACCACCUGCUUCACCUCCGAUAACGCUAUCAACCGCCUGGAGGUGAACACCGCCAGCAAGGGGGGAUGGACGUUGCCCUCUCCAAAAACCCUGAAGAAGGAGCUGACCAAAAAUGGAGGCUCCAUGCACCAGCUCUACAUGCUGUUCUCCGGAAGGAAGCUGAGCGCUGGAUCCGAGUGCAGCUGUGACGUCAGCCCUGACGGAACCAAGAAGAAGAAGUCCAAAAACCUGGCCAAAGACAUGAAGAACCGAUUGGCGUUCCUGAGGAGAAGGAAUGAAUCUCCUGGAAGCACUCCGGCCAGCAAGCUGGACAAAACGAUGAAGUCAGUCAAGCCCACGCCGGAGGAGGCGCUCAAGUGGGGGGAGUCCCUUGACAAGCUGCUUGUCCAUAAAUAUGGUCUGGCGGCGUUUCGAGCAUUCCUGCGCACCGAGUUCAGCGAGGAGAAUCUGGAAUUCUGGCUGGCGUGCGAGGAUUACAAGAAGGUCAAAUCGCAGUCGAAGAUGGCCUCGAAGGCUAAGAAGAUCUUUGCAGAGUACAUCGCUAUUCAGUCUUGCAAAGAGGUGAAUCUCGACUCAUACACACGAGAGCACACUAAGGAGAACCUCCAGAACGUCACGCGCUCCUGCUUUGACCUGGCCCAGCGCAGGAUAUACGGCUUGAUGGAAAAAGACUCGUAUCCGCGCUUCCUCCGUUCGGAACUCUACCUGGACUUAGUGAACCAAAAGAAAGCGAGCGCGACGUCGACGGCGUCCUCGUCGUAAGACGGACCGCACGGGGCGCAGAGACUCUUGACGUAACAAAAAAAUAGAUUCUAGCAUCAUGGACACUUUUGUUCUCAUCUCCCAUCCUGUCCUAUGACGAGGAGAGACAAAGGAAAGGCGCCGAUCAAGACGGAGAGACACGAGAAAGGAACGAGGCGACCGUUUCCCCUGUAUCCCGAGACUGAGCGAUACAUCGGAGACGCCCCGAGCGUCCCUAUAACUCAUGAGCUACAUCGGUUUUUAUUUUUUCACCUCCGUGUUUUUAUGGAAAGAACCGAACAAGGGACAAGGGAUUUACUCUACGAUGCAUAGAGAGAGAAAAAGAGACAGUCGGGCACUGUUUUGUCGCCUGGCAUAGUUUUUCCGGUACGACGCAGACGCCACCUCCGGAUCGAUACAAAACGUUUUUUUGUUGUUUUUCUUUCCUCCCUUUUGAGGUCAAUGUGGCACUUCUGUAAACGUGGCGUCUUCUUUCACGUCCCUCCGUCCUGAAAGAUGUUUUUGAGGGAAAACAAACAACCAACCAUGGACUCUCAUGCUUCAGCACCUGGAACGUGAUCACCCGUCCAUCCGUCCAUCUUUUCCGUUUUUCCGUAAAGGUCAAAAGCGUGACAGUUUCUGUUUAGCAAUUCAUUGUAGCUCCAUGUGAGGGACUGGAUGAGAGGAUUCUCAGGACUGCACGGCACUCGACUAUGAAGCUUUCAGGCUUGUUUGACCUUCGUUUAUUUUUUUUUUGUACAUAGUAUUAUUUUUUAUUAGGUUUAAACCUGCACUCCAUAGACUUUUCUCAAUUAAGGAAGAUUAAUGCUUUACCUGUACAGAAAGUCUGCAUAUUUAUUUAGAUCCGUGCUGGAUGUCUCGUUCAGUUCAUUGCACUCAGCUAGACAAACCCCCCCCAUCCUCCCAAAACACAAACACCUUUUCUUUCCUAUUACCCAUAAUCCUUAACUGCCCUUAUAUCCUUAUAAUCCUUAUGUAAGUGCAAUAUGUUUUUUCUCUUUUUAUCUUUUGGGAUAAGUUUCACUUUUGGACGAUGGAUUUUUAUUUGUCUGGGAAAAAAGUCGCAGAGAGGAUUUUAGUUCCUAUUAAGUGUGUUAUUUUAACUGUGUACCCCCUGGCAGCAGGCAGCCAGUGGGGUUUAUGGAUGUAAAUAUAAUUCUUAAGAAAAGUCUAAAGAAAAAUGCUGAAAAAAAAAAAGGUCUGGUGGGAGAAAUCCCCCCGUAACACAGCUGUAUGUAUGUAAAUACUCAGAGUCUCGAAGCUAUAAAAUGACAUGUAAUGUUAUAAAAU